CCCUCACCUCUUUAUUACGCUCUCUCCUCCUCCCCGACGACGAGGCAACCCAGCGCGAGGCGAGCCGCGGCGACUAGGGUUUCGUCGCGCCUUCCUCCUCCUUCUCCUCCUCCCCCACCGCCGCCGGCGACGACAAGGUCUACUGGAGCGCAAACAAUGGAGCGGUCUUCUCAGUUGAAUCCAAAUGCCACUCCCUUUGUGCCUCCCCCAAGGUCUUCGUUUGAAGAAAGCUUGAGCGGAAGGAAGGCCUCUGAGAAGCAAGUAGGUGAUUCAGAAAAGGAUGAGACUGCUGACAAGUCUUCUGAAUAUGAGCUCCCAGAUUCCCUUUCUUUGGACGACUAUGGUGAAAGCCUAGGAAAGCUCAACAUUUCUGCAGAAUCUUCAUCAAAAGGAGCUGCUAGUACCGCGCUUGAUCCAUCGCACUACGAGGAAAAUGGUGUUGAUAAUCAUCUUGCUGUGGUAGAAUCUCUCUCGAAGAUGUUCCCAGAUGUGUCUGCUGACUUCAUUGUUGAAGCACUGAGGGCCCAUGAUUUUGAUACAGAACUAACUAUUGAUAUGCUUGCUGAUCUGUGUGAAGGUGAUGAUUAGGGGAAAUCUGCUGAAGUGUCAGGAAAGUAGCAGCAGCAGUAUCGCUCUUCAUCCACCUUGGCAGAACAAUUACUCUUCAGCUACAUGUUAUUGAAGUCAAUCUUCGUGACAAUCAAGACUGAAUUUCGUGGCGUACAUCUUAUUGCUGCUGCUCUAAAGAAUUCAGUAUUGUUUAGGAGCCAAAGCAACAAUGACCGUGUUUUGGGUUUUUAGUUCCGGGUGGAACAGCUAUUUUUUCAGUAUUAGAGUCUGCUUCAUGUUGAUGGUUUCACCCAGCAGUUUAUCGUGUGAUCUGUUGCAACCCUUUUGGUGUAGCUGAACCUCCCCCUAGCUAAGCAUUUAGGAGUCAGCAAUAGUGUGCAAUUUUUGCUGCAAUGCUGUGCUCUUACCAUGUACAUUCUGGUCUUGCUGCAUUCUGUGUAGGGAGAUGAACCAUUCCAGAUUCUGUUAUGAUGCAUUAUUUGAACAGAACAGAUAUGCGCAUGAAGAGAUAUCUAUCUCAUUGCAGUUA